AAUACACUCAUCUGCCUCCGACUUCUAUCCCAGCUGCUGACCAUUUGCUAUGCACCGAAGAGGAAACAAGUCCAAAAAGGUCCCUAAUGUCAAAUUACGUCCUGCACAACCGAAAUCCUCUUCGUCGAAGCGAAAGGAAACUGAAGAGAAGCUAUGGGCGGAGGAGACCCAGCUAGGAAGCGAGGACACGAGCUAUAUGGACCCUUGUCCGAGGCCGUUUUUGGGAAUGGUCAUAUGUGCAACAGGAAUCCAGGACAAGCCCUAUUCAAGAAAGCCAUAGAACUCGGUGCCCAGACCGCUUCAGCGUUUACAGAUCGUGUCACCCACCUUGUGGCGAAAGAUCAUGGCGGAGCAAAAUAUAAUUGCGCCCUGCAACUUAAGAUACCAAUACUACAGCCAAAGUGGAUAACCGAGUGCCAUGAGGUCUGGCUCCGAGGAGAUGAUUUUGACGUUCAAGAGAGCCUGGAGAAAUAUCGCCUACCAGUUUUCUCGGGGAUCAUUCUAUCUAUUUCAGGCAUAACGGACUUGGAAAGACGGACGCAAAUUAACCGGCUAUUAAUCCAACAGAAGGGCGUUUAUGCCAAGGAACUCACACGACCAGUCAAGGUGACACAUCUACUGUGUUCUGGCGACGAUGAGACAGAUAAGAUGAAAUAUGCCGAAAAAUUCAAUCAAAAUAAGGAAGCCAAUAUACAUCUCGUGUGGGAAGAAUGGUUUUGGGAUUCGUUGGAGUUCGGCGGACGAUUCGAUGAGGAAACAUAUCAAGUCCGGCGCCCACGACCAGAACGCAAGUCUAUUACUGAACCCCCUGCUUCUUCUUCACCGGCUACGGACCCAGAGCCAACAAUGUCUCUCCCUAAUAAUGUGGACGAUGAAGAAGAGCCCGCCUCGAUUAACCGCAUACCUGCCGUAACUGUCAAAGUAUGGCAGAGCCUUCUACAACACAGGGGAUAUGAGGUUUCGAGUGAAGGCCGUCUUGUUCGAAGUCCAAUGAAAUCACAGCCUACUAAACAACUUCUUGAGGACCGACCGUCCUCACCGACGGGCGAAAGCAUUAUCACCAAAUUUCGGCGUGCCAACUCCUUUGCGCCUCCAAAACAGGGUUCUGGCGAAACUCCCUUCGCCCGGAGUAACUCUGAGCCUGUUGCUGGACCUUCGUCAAUUGCGACUACUUCGACGUUAUUUACAGGGAUCAAGUUUUGUGCUCUUGGAGAAGCCAAGUCAGCAUCUGUUAAAGACGCGAUCGAGCGCUCUGGUGGCAGCCUCACUUCAGAAGAGGAUGAUGCGGACUAUAUCCUCGUUCGCCUCGUCAGCGGCAGUAAAUUUUUUCGCUCGGAGAUGGAUCCGGAACAGAGAAAGAAGUAUCGCACGGAAUGCUGGCUUGAGAGGUCUAUAUUUGAGGAGAGACUUUGUGAUCCUGAAGAUCAUGUAUCAUUCUCACCUCUCGGAAUCGAAGUGCCUGUACCUAAUGCCGAAAAGGUACUUAUCAGUUUUUCUGGCUUGGAUGAAUCGGAAGCCUAUUUCACCCGCCGUCUUGUGCGAGCGCUCGGCAUGACUCUAGCACCUGUAUUUUCCCGCCAAGCGACUCACCUUCUGUGUCCUUCCGCUACGGGGGCAAAAUAUGACAAAGCGCGCGAAUGGGGCGUACCCGUUAUACAUAUGGGAUGGCUGGCAGAGGCUGUGCGUAUAGGCAGUGUCCCAGACGUGCCUGUUUUCCUAGUCGCGUCUAUGAGUACCGAUAAAAAGGGGAAGGGGAAGGCUGAUGACGAUUCAGCAAUGGUUGAUAUUACCAACGCAACCAAGCUAGGGACGGAACCGCCUUCACAAUCUUCAGCGAGGGGACAGAAAGGUCUGGGCUCCGACCUUGAGCCAUCAGGAUUUCAACAAGCCUUGGAAGCGUGUCCGCAAUCUUCGUUUCGACGCCCGCAGGAUGCUCCUGUUAUAUCACCACCAGAACCUUCGUUCGGUAAACCUCGCAGCGGACUACUGAGCUCUAACAUUCCGGGGUCAGUGGAACGGGAACAAACGCCUGUUUUCAGUAUUCCAUUACCCAUCAUACCGUCUGGAGGCGGAGAUUCUGUACCAAAACCGUCGUCGGUCCACACGAGUCCCCCCAAUCUACUUGGGAAGCGAAAAUCAGAAGAAGGUCCAGUAGUGGAGAAGCGAUUGCGUCCCCGUUUGAGGUCGAGACCGAGGUCGAGGCAAGAGUCCGCGCGAGAUAUCGCUGUUGAGGUGGCCGCAUUGACUGACAGAGUGGCUGGCUUUGAUGAGGCGUUUGACGAACUUGGUGGUGAAGGAUUGGACAGCGACGUGGUAGGAAGCACAACGAAAGUUGGCGCACUGGAAAGUAUGCGGGUGAUGUACGAAGAUCCCGGCCAACGCGAGGAGAAACGGAAGCUCUUGAAUCUAUUGAGCGGUGGAAAUAUGCAAGAACUAGGUACUACCUCUAAAGGUCAGACCCGAGCAAGUGGACGGAAGCGCUCGAGGGUUGCUGGCGUUUGAGAUCUUUAUUGCUAUUUAUUUAUUUCUGUCUCAUCUUUGAAUGAAGACGUGGAUGUAAUUGCGUAGUAUACACCAAGGGCCAGCGGUUUCGGCACCCCGAGGAUAUGGUAGAAGAGAUUGCAAAGUACAGUACUCAGCACAUAAGUUAUACCUCAUUCCUAGCUUCUAGGGCCUCUAACCGAGCU